UUCACAGCCCGUAGAAGCAAAUUUGCGGAGAGAGACGGAAGAAAACCUGUUGCAGCGUGUGCACAGAAGGUCUCCCUUUCUUGCAGAGUUGUGUGUUUUUUGUGGUGGCAGCAGACAGAAGAAAUGAUUUUUUCCCCUCCCAUCACCAAAUGUUUUUGCUUAAGCUUCCUCAUUAUGGUUUUGCUGCAAGAGCCCCAAGGCCUGAAUUCCAGUGGCCCUGAAUGCCUAAGGGAGGAUGACCCUACAUGUCUGGGCUCUCUUGUGGCCAUGCUUCGCCCAUCACCAGAAGGUGGAUGUGAUGGAUUAGGAAGCUGCAAACUCCGUGUCCUCAUGCCUGAAGGGCCAACUAUACUGGAGGAAGUUCAAGAUGCUCCUUCUGAGGAGCAACAAAUGGAGUUCAAACAAAUUCUUAAGCAUGCUGGAGAUCUCAAUAAACAAACCUCAUCCAGAACUAGGACACUAGUGGACCGACUCACCUUGGUGGAGACCAGAGUGGCAAGCAUGGCAUCAAGCUUGCUGAAAUUGCAGGAGGAGAGCAGACUUAAUCUGAAUCGCCUGGAAGACCAAUUUAACUCCUUAGUGGCCCUCUUGUUAGGGAUCUUGUCUGGCUGCCAGCUGCCUUGCAGUGAAUCAGUCCUGAAAACAUCCAUUUUUGGUUUAGGGAAAGAGCACAGGAGCGAGGAGACACCAGCGCCUUUGGUAGACCACCCUGAAAAAUCUGAACACAGAUAUCCUCGAGAUUGUGCUGAGAUCCACAAACAGGGCAUCCGAGACAAUGGGAUUUAUACUAUCCAGCCCAUUCCUCUCCGGCAACCUUUUGAGGCAUACUGUGACAUGGUGACAGAUGGUGGUGGAUGGACAAUUAUACAGCGCCGACAGGACGGUACUGUGGAUUUCAACCGUACAUGGCAGGAAUAUAAACAGGGAUUUGGUAGCCUCCAGGGGGAACAUUGGCUGGGUAAUGAGCACAUUCAUAGCUUAACCCGCCUAGGUCAGCACAUGCUGCGUGUAGAGCUAGAAGACUGGCAUGGUGUCAAGAGGCACGCUGUAUAUCAUAAAUUUAAAGUGGCCAGCGAGGCCAACAAGUAUCGCCUGACGGUACGGGAAUAUCAGGGCAAUGCGGGCAAUGCUUUGAGCUACAGCCGCAAUUAUAACCAUGACCAUAAAUGCUUCACAACCUGGGACAGUGACAAUGAUAACUAUGCCAUGGGCAACUGUGGUGCAUACUACGGGGCUGGCUGGUGGUUUGACUCUUGCCUGGCAGCUAACCUUAAUGGGAAAUACCACCAGGGACGCUACAGCGGAGUGACUAGUGGUAUCUACUGGGGAACAUGGUACAUUUUGAUUGACAAAAGGACCAAUCAGAAGUACUCCUUCAAGAAAGUAGAAAUGAAAACCAGACCUGCCAGCUUUUAAGAAAAGCCUGCAGCUAGGAAGCAUGAUGAGUGGAGGGAGACUGGUAGCAGGAAGUGUCCAUCCUGAGAUGGACAUUCAAAUAAGCUUUAAUCCCAGGUUUGGGAGAACAUCCAGUAGAGGUAUCAGCUGUCUGGAAUCCAAAGCUACACUGAUUCUCACUCCUGCCCCCAAAUCGCAGUUCACUUUUUUAUUUGACUGAAGCUGAAAACCAAACUGAGAUUUGGUAUUUCAAAUGCAUCAACUACAAUGGAAUGUUUGCCUUUCUUCUCUUGGCUACUUUUAAAGUCUUGAAUACUGGAGUUUAUACAUGACUAUUCCUUAGUGUGGGACUACUCUCUCAGAGAUGGCUAUAUAAUCACUGCUGAUAAACACCAACGGUAUUUGAACAAGGCAGAAGGGAGAAUGGGAAAAAAAGAAGUGAAUAGGAAGUGGUACUGUAGGUCUGCCUUGAAGGGAAAAUAGGCAUUAAUGUCUUCCAUGUUCUCUACUUUUGAAGACAAUACAAGCUUAUCCAUUUAGCACUGCCAAUCCACAGCCAGGGUCAAUUCAGUCAGAAAAUCACUGAACUUGAAGCAGUGGUAACAUGGAGUCCCUACUAGAACAAAGAUAUCAAGAACAAUUAAAGCAAAGAGGAAAUGCAGGGAUGCUUUCUUUUCUUUAUUGCAUCACAUCUAGAACUGACUGAUUUUCAGUGGACAGUGAUGCUCAUAAGAGGUGCCUCAUCUAUUUUGCAGCAUGAUAACCAGUAAGCGCAUUGCUCUUUCCUAAAAUAUUACACAAUGAUUUCUCUGCUUUAUUUUCACAUUUCUCAUCUCAGAAAUACUCUUGUAAAACUCGUGUACAAUCUGAAAUUUUAGAUACACUGUAUAAGAAAUUUAGAUAAUAUCUUGAUAUAAAUCAAACUGACGGAUAUUUAAAUUUACCCAGAGGCUACACACUGAUAAGAUUAGCUUCUCUAUAAACAAGGACUUAAGGUAGAGAACACAUUAAAAUAAUUAAACUGAAACAUUAAACAGUUCAGAGCAUUUGCAAUCCAUUCUUGUACACUGGGAAGCUGUGUCUACAAGCUGAGAUUGAAAGAAUAUUUACUGUACAUAUUUUAUAAUCUAAAAUGUAAAAUUGAUUCUUCAUGAAGGUAACAGAAUAUUAUGGCUGAAAUUUUGUUACUUAGCAUAGUAGAUCACAUUAGAGUAGGUUCACUGAACCGGUGGGAUUUAGUGGAUCAACCUCUCCAUAGGUUCCAUUGAUUCAAAUUGGCCUACUCCAGCUUAUUCUGCUAAAGUAGCAACUAGAAGAGGCCCACUUGAACCAAUGGAACAUAAAGAGUUGGCACGCUCCACUGAUUCAAUGAACCUACUCUAGUGCAACUCACUACACUAAGCAAUUGAAUUUCAGCCCAUUUUUCUGUACAAACACAAAGUUGGGGCCUUCUGGUGUACAAAUUGGGCUUCAAACCAAAUUGUAAGUUACCAUCUGACAGUGGACUCUAAAGAAGUUAGCUCUUUACAAGAGGCUCUCAGUAAAGAGCUAGCUUUCCUUUACUCAUAGCAUCCAUUGUAAAGGUGAAGUUCUCUCAGUGAGCUGGCUGGAUGGCUCAGUGGGUUGGGAUGGCUCAGAGGUUGAGAGUCUGAUUCCUCACUGUGCCUCCUGCAAG